AUGGGAUCCGAAUCCAUUCACAGCGAUAGGCACGAUGAGAAGAACCCGAAACACGAGGUCGCCAUCGUCAAGACGGCCAUUGGUGACGAGGCCUUCCAACAGGCCAUGAUCAAGGAGCCCCCGCCUAAGAUGGCAGCUCCUAUCCUUAUCUUCGCCAGUAUGGUAGCCUUCUGCUGCUCUACCGCCAACGGUUACGAUGGUUCGCUUUUCGGUACACUCCUCGCCAACGAUGAUUUCAAGAAGUUCUUUGAUGUCGAUAACAAGGGUAUCGGUGCUGGUAUCGUCACUUCCAUGUACCAGAUCGGUUCCGUCGUCGCGAUCCCCGCUGUUGGUCCUGCUAUUGACACCUGGGGUCGUCGGGCUGGCAUGGCAAUUGGCUCGUUCAUCAUCAUCAUCGGCAUCAUUAUCCAGAUUGCCUGUAUCAAGACCGCCAGUGUCGAUCAGUUCAUGGCCGGUCGCUUCUUCCUCGGUUUUGGUGUCUCCAUCGCCGCCGCAGCUGGUCCUACCUAUGUCGUCGAGGUCUCUCACCCUGCUCACCGAGGUAUCAUCACUGGAUUGUACAACGUGAUGUGGCCUGUUGGUGCUCUCGUUGCCAGCAGCGCUGCCCUCGGAGGCUUGGACUACGAGGGAACUAACACCUCUUGGAUGAUCUCUGUCUGUCUCCAGCUCAUGUUCCCCUGUGUUAUCUUCUUCUUCUCCAUGCUACUGCCCGAGUCACCUCGAUGGUUGUACACCCGCGGCAAGAAGGAACUUGCGACUGAGAAUCUUGUGAAACUCCACGGACAUGGAAACCCUGACAGCGAAUGGGUGAAGCUCCAGCUCCACGAGUAUGAGGAGUACCUUGAGAUGGACGGCAGUGACAAGCGAUGGUGGGAUUACCGCGCCCUGUUCCGCAACAAGGCUUCCAUCUACCGACUGACUUGCAACUGUCUCGUCUCCCUGUUCGGCCAAUGGGCAGGAAACAGCAUUGUCUCCUAUUACCUGAGCGCUUUCCUCGAUACUGCCGGCAUCAAGGGUGCCAAGACGCAGACCAAGGUGGCUUUGGGCAUGAAUGCCGUCCAGAUCGUCUUCGCUUCAAUUGGUGCUGGAUUUACUGAUACUGUUGGCCGUCGCCCCAUGCUUCUCGUUGUCAACCUUGUUUGCGCUCUGUGCUGGGUCGGCGUGACUGUUCCCGCCUCUAUCGCCAACAUUACUGAUCUCGACGAUAAGGCGCAGACAGACGCUGUCACCGGCCCUGUCAGCAAGGCCAUCCUGGCCUGGGUUUACCUUUUCCAGAUCUUCUACUCCGUUGGUUGGACUCCCCUCCAGGCCCUCUACCCCGUCGAGGUACUCAGUUACGAGAUCCGAGCCAAGGGUAUGGCUUUCAGCUCUCUCUUCACCAACGCUGCCAUGCUUGUCAUGCAGUUCGGUAUCCCCGUCGCUCUCAAGAACAUUGCCUGGAAGACCUACAUUGUCUUCUGCGUCUGGUGUGUCUGCCAGUCCAUCAUUCUUUACUUCCUCGUGCCCGAGACCAAGAACCGAACUCUCGAAGAACUCGACCACAUCUUCUCGUCCAGCAACCCAGUCAAGACCUCUACCCAGAAGAAGCUCUUCGAGGCCGAUGCCAAUGCCAACAUUGUCCACAUCGAGCCUGCAGUUGCCGAUUCCAGCAAGGCUUAA